AUGGCAACUUUGGAAGAAAAGCUGGAAAAGAUCCGGUCGCCCAAUCUGCAGAGCCAGCAACAGACCGUAGUGAUCUUGAAAGCAGUCGACGAAACGCUCAAAGAACAGAAUACGCCGCAGACGCCGACCGGCUACUUCGCCGCUCUGUUGGCCUUGCUCAAUGGGUCCAUUGCGAGCGGCCAGGUCAAUAAGGAGCUAACGACCUCGGUGGUCUACCUCCUCGACAUCGUUACGCCCUACGCGCCGCAACCCCUCUUGCGAUCCAAGUUCACCCAGAUCCUGACGCUUCUCGCUCCCAUACUACUUCUUGCCGAUGCCGAAGCACCGCUUUUGCGACCAUCGAUCGGAUGUCUCGAGUCUCUGCUUCUCGCGCAAGAUUCAGCAGCAUGGAAGCUGCCCACCAACGAAAUCGGUCCGCGGAGGGCUGUGGCCGGACUCUUGAAUCUCGCAAUAGACCACAGACCGAAAGUGCGGAAGCGGGCCCAGGAUGCGCUUCGAAACGUCAUAAAGAAUCCCCCGCCGAGCCCCUCCCUCGAUCACCCUGCCGCCGACUUGUGCGCCGAGACGGCCAUGAGGAGCGUUACCGAGAUGGCCAACAAGGCUGCACUGUUACAGAAACAGAAGAAGUCGUCAGCUGGAGAACAUGAUCCUGCACUCAUACAUGCCUUGCAGCUGGUAAAGACUAUAGCGUCUGCCAGUGGGGGUUGGCCCAGCAGAAACAUUGAGUCGUUGUGUGAGCUUCUGCUGAGCAUUGCUAAGAGCGGGAACGAGCACAUGACGGUGACAGUGUUCGACAUUUUCGAGAUGAUAUUCGAGGGAAUGGCAGACGAGGUAGCCUCGGCAAAACUGCCCCGUCUACUCGAAAUCAUCUCCGAGAUGAGACCUGCGCCCAAUGACACACAGCUUCUUCCGCCAUGGAUUGCGAUCCUGUCACGAGGCUAUGAUGUGUCUGCCCAGAUGGAACCCGAAGAUACUUUUCAGAAGCUCCCGGAAUUAUUCACCAUGAUAUCCGAGUUUAUGGAGUCAGCAUCACACAACAUCAGGGUGUCUGCUUCCGAGUGCUUGAUUUCAUUCAUAUCAAACUGUAUUCCGGACCAAGUCAUAAUCGAGCCUUCCAUAUAUGACGAGAAAGUGCUCGAGAAGAUCGCCAGGGUGGCUGAAAGUCUACUUGGAGUCAAGUACCAGGCGGCAUGGAUGGAGACUUUCAAUGUUCUUGGUGGCAUGUUUGAUACACUGAGGUGGCGUGCUAACCCAAUGAUGCUGGGCAUCGCCCGAACCGUAGGCGAACUUCGGGGGAACGAAUCUUUCAUGGGUAAGAAAGAGGCGGACGAGGUCAUUGGAAAGGCAGUCAGAGCGAUAGGCACAGAACCCAUUCUUUCGGUUCUCCCUCUUAACCUCAUCAAGCCAGUCAAGGGCCAGUCUGGCAGAGCAUGGAUGUUGCCAAUCCUACGAGACUACACAAGCAACACCAAUCUGCAACAUUUCAGGACCGAGUUCGUACCCUUGAGCGAGACUAUGUUCCAACGAGUUCUCGAGAAUGGUGAAGCUGCGAAAACUAUGGAAAUCAAGAUAUACGAGACUCUGGUGCACCAGACCUGGUCUAUCCUCCCUGGUUUCUGUGAUCUCCCUCUGGACCUUACAGUGGCAUUCGACCAAAGCUUUGCAGAAAUGCUAGCUAAUCUCUUGUACAAACAAGUCGACUUGAGACUCGAUAUAUGCCGGGCGCUGAAGACACUCGUCGAGUCUAAUCAGGCGGUAGUUUCUUUGGAAGGUGAAGACAACUUAAUUCUUCAGAACCGCGUUACGAAAGACCACGCGCAGAGCAACCUUGCUUACCUGGGAGAACUCGCCGGGAAUCUGCUUGCAGUGCUGUUCAAUGUGUACAGUCAGACACUUCCCCAAUCCAGAGGGCCGAUACUCCAAACCAUCAAUGCCUAUCUCAGCAUUACCCCCGAGAACGAGUUGGCCGACACAUUCAACCGCGUCAGCGAAAUGCUAGCUGCUUCUCUCAACGAAGUCGGUAAGGAAGUGGGCAAGGUUAAGCCUCAGCAGCCGAAAGAACAAGCGGCUUCUACGAGCCAAACGCUGAUGGACCUGGUUAUCACCAUGGCGAUCUAUCUACCCCGAAAGAGCUUUGUCGCUCUGUUCAACAUUGCUACAAUCGUUAUGGUCAAGGACAAGGAACCUCAGCUGCAGAAGAAGGCCUACAAGCUGAUCCCUAGGUUGGCGGAGUCUGAGCUUGGCAAGCUGGCACUUCAAGAGCGUCAGGCAGAGCUUCAAUCCCUCCUACUGUCUAGUGCGGAGAAGGUAUCAGCCCCUGCGCGAAGGGGGAGGCUGGCAGCUAUCGCUGCCUUGAUUCCAGCUAUAUCGGACGAUUCGCUCCAUUUUAUCCCUUCUGUAUUAUCCGAAGUGGUGAUCUGCUGCAAGGAAAACAACGAAAAAGCCCGGAAUUUGGCCUUUGAUCUUCUUGUUUUGAUGGGCCAGAGACUUGCGGCUUCUGAGGGCAAACAAAUCGACAAUAGCAAGGCCCCGCAUAUGCCGGAUGAUGCCCCAUGCGUUUCCGCGAGCAUAGAGGAGUACAUCACCAUGAUCAGCGCAGGACUUGCAGGUAGUACACCACACAUGAUUUCUGCCUCCAUAACCGCUCUUACUCGUGUUCUCUACGAAUUCCGGCAGUCGUUGAAUCCGGACGUCAUGAGCGACCUGGUCCAGACCAUGGAUCUCUUCCUGACCUCCAGCAACAGGGAGAUCGUCAAGAGUGUCCUUGGGUUUGUCAAAGUCUGCGUCAUAAGUCUGCCGACUGAGAUGAUGCUUCCGCGGUUAGCCACCAUGAUUCCCAAUCUGAUGGUCUGGGCACAUGAGCACAAGGGCCACUUCAAGGCGAAAGUCAAGCACAUUGUAGAACGAAUGGUUCGCCGCUUCGGAUUUGAGUCAGUCCACCGCCACUGCCCUGAAGCUGAUAGGAAGUUGAUCACCAACAUCCGCAAGACCAAGGCGCGCAGCAAGCGGAUGAAGGAUGCCGCAAAGACGGCAGGAGACGAGGACGAGGCGGACGAAGUCAGCAACAAGCGGCGGAGUCGGUUUGAAAGUGAAUACGACGAAGCGCUGUACAGCAGCGAAGACUCUGACAUGUCUGAUGAUUCAGAUGCUGAAUAUCUGGGCAAGUCCCGAAAGGCACAGAAGGGCGGCAAAACGUAUAUCAUGGAAGACGAUGAGGAACCUCUGGAUCUCCUGGACCGCAACGCACUUGCCAGAAUCUCCUCGACCAAACCAGGCAAGCUGCGCAAGGCUGACAAGACCAAGGCGAAGACGGAUGUGGACGGCAAGUUGAUACUGGGCCAAGACAGUGAUGCCGAAGAUGCUAUGGUCAUCGAUACGCCAGGGGACGGGGGAGACCAGAGCAAUGGCGUGGGAGCCUACGUCGCAGCCUUGAAGAGCAAAGAUGCGGGGCGCAGGGGCCGAGGCGGACGUCUCAAGUUCACAAACACGCGGGGCAAGGAUGACGAUGACGAUGACGAGAUGGACUUGGAUGAGAAGGACGUGUCUGCGAUCAUAACACAGGUCAGCAAAGGCAGGGGUGGUGCGAGUCCCCGUGAACGUCCCUCCUCCCGAGGUGGCAUGCGCGGCCGCGGUGGUAUGCGUGGGGGGAAAGCUGGGAAGGGUGGUAUCGCUUCUGGGCGUCGUGGGCUGGGCGAGGAGAAGAGGCGUGGCCCGGCGUUCAGCGGUAAAGUGGCAAAGGCCAAGUCUCCUGGCAGGAGAUGA